AUGAACUUAGUUGUGACCUAUAGGCCUCCACCAUCUAGUCAGAACGGCCUUAAAACAUCUACGUUCCUGGAGGAAUGUGAACUUCUUCUUGAUGCACUCAACGAGAUCCCAGGAAAAUUGCUAAUUCUCGGCGAUCUGAACAUACACUUUGACAGCCCCAGUCGCUAUGAUGUUGCACGCAUCAUGAACUUGCUCAGGACAGCAAGACUGAUCCAGUAUGUUUCAUCUCCAACUCACAGAGGUGGUCAUAUUCUUGAUGUAGCUAUUGCCAGGGAGGAUGAAAACCUACUCUGCUCUGUGCAGAUUGAUCCCUGCCUUCUAUCCGAUCACUACACAAUCAGUUGCAGAAUUCAAUCAAAGAAACAAACUCUUCAAUCCAAACCCACUUUGUUCCGCAAGUUUUGCAAUCUAGACAACCAAAGGUUCUCCGCUGAUCUCUCUUCUAAGUUAAGUGGGGUUCAAAUGACUGACGACUUGAACAAGUUUAUAUCUGAUGCUGAUAACAUCAUCAAAUGUGUUCUCGAUGAGCAUGCUCCAAUUUGCUCAAGAAAAUCAAUGACUCGUCAUCGCCCAAAAUGGUAUACCGAUGAUGUCGAUGCUGCUAGGCGUGAGAAGAGGCGAGCUGAGAGGAAAUGGCGGAAAGCCCUCAGACUAAACCCUGCAAGUGACCCACUACCCUAUCAUGAAGCAAAGACUUUAGUGGCAUCGGCUGUAUCUGAUUCUAAACAGGCCUACUAUCAUGACAUCUUCGAGCGCUCUUCACCGAAGGACAUGUUUAAAGCAGUUAACGAACUCUUGAACAAGAACAAACGUGUGCUGCCCAACGCUGAAUCAUCUGUGGAACUUGCUUCUGCUUUCUGUUCCUUCUUUACUGAUAAAGUGAGGAAUAUAAGGAAGUGCAUCGAUGAUCUCAAUGUUCACGCAUCUGUUCUUGGUCUAGUUUCCGCUAAACCAAACACCAAGCUUUCAUCAUUCAAUCUGGUAACAUUCAGCAACCUUGAAGAUAUCAUUAGGAAAGUACCUGAUAAAACCUGCUCCCUUGAUCCUCUACCGACGUGGCUGUUGAAGAAACGCAUUCUUGUAUUCAUGCCCAUCAUCCUAGAGACCGUCAACUCUUCGCUGGAAAGUGGUCACUACAAACCCAAAGGUGGACGGAACACUCUGAUUGGUCAGCAUCUCCUAGGCCUUCACUAUGCACAUUCAAACUAA